UUCGAAGCUUGAUGGCUUUUGUCGACGCUUUUUCUCACUGAAUAAAGACCCUGCUGUCGCCUGGAUUUGUCUUCAGUUAAAGUCGUUUAGUUAGUAGACAGAUGCCCGUCGUCGUUUUCUUUCUCCUUUUUUUCACUGUGAGGGAAAAACGCUGUUAAGCGCUGCACUUUUUCUAACUGGUUAUAAUGCUUUAGCAAGCCACGUUUGAAAUAAUCCUAGCUGGCUAAGUUAGCUAACUAGCUACUUAGCCGAACCGGCGACUCUGUUGAUAAUCCACGCCAAGGGAAGACACAUGGAUACCUAAGAAGAAACGGGUUGGAGAGUAAAACAGAGUUUGACAUGGAUUCCCAAAAUACUCUGGACUCGUUCGAGGAUAACCGGAUGAGGGAGUCAGAACAGAGCCCACUGUCUCAACACAGAGACAGGAAGGAUUCAGAAUCCUCCUUCCAGUCAGGAAAGCAGAACAGGAAGUUUCGUGAGGAUGUCGAGAGCUCAUCAUUGGAUCGAGCCCGGACCAGAACACGAGAGCCAAAGCGGGACCCAGAUCAGGACCGGAUCAGUGAGGGAGAACACAGCAGUGCCUCCUUCUACUCAGAUGAUUAUGAGAACGUUUCGCUGUCUGAGAGGUCCUUCUCACCACAGUCUCCCUCACCGUCAGCACACAGAGCAGGGAGGGCUCGAAGAGUCUCCAGCAGCCCCUUGCACCGAACAGGUGUGCGCAAGGGUGUGCCUCGUCGUCCAGGUGCUCAGGCCUAUCACCCACAUCAGCGCUCCAGUGGUUUUCGCUCUCAGAGUAUCAAUAAAGACGCCCCUCCAAAGGAUCUGGACCUGGUAACCAAGCGGCUGCUGUCCGCACGCCUGCUGAAAAUCAGUGAGUUAAAAAACGCACUCUCCGAACUGAGGGUGCACGCCGAUGAGCUGCAGCGUGAGAACCGCCUGCUCCGGCAGCUGCAGCUGCGGCAUGAGAAAGCGCUGCAGCGUUAUAGUGACACAGAGAGUGAAAUAUCUCAGCUCAUUUCCCGGCACAACAAUGAGACUCAUGCACUACGUGAAAGGCUGCGGCGCAGUCAGGAGAGAGAGCGCACAGCAGAGCGCAGCUACAGAGAGGCAGAUGCACAGCUCCAGCGCUGCCGCAGCCAACUGCAAAAGCUGCAGCAACUUGCAGACGACCAGAAUCUCGGGGAAAGAGAGGAGCUGUCUCGCAAACUGACCCACGCUCAGGCCAAAGCACAGGAGAGCGAGCGCAGAGUCAAAGAGUUGGAGAAAAACAUGGAGCUGAGUAAUGGGAGCUUUCAGAGGCAGCUGGCUAGUGAGCGUAGGAAAACCCACGAAGCCCUACAGGAAGCCCAAGCACUACGAGAGGAAGUGGAGAGACUCAGUGCCAAAUUAAAGGAGAAAGAGAGGGAGCUGGAUGCUAGGAACAUUUACGCUAACAGAAUCCUAAGAACGACUUCAAAGAAAGAAUCUGAAAACUCCACCAAGAGAAAAGGUCCCAUUAGGAACAGUAGUAAAGCUGUGCAGACUGAGGAACGGACAGCAUCAUUGGACUUCCCCUCUCCUCCUCCUGCUAUCACAGAUGGAAGUGAGCUUCCCCCUGAUGACCAAGCUGAUGACUACCUCUCUCUAAAGGUCAGACGGCCUGCUCUGAAUCAGAAUCAGAGAAGAAAAAAGAAGGAGCUGCAAAGCAGUGAACAAAGACAGAAGGAGGCAGAAGAAUGGAGAAUUCAGGAGAUGGAGAGAGAGCGAGAGAGAGAAAGAGCGCGUGCAAGAGAGACGGAGCGUGCCUUUGAACAGGAGAGGGAGAAAGAGAAAGAAAGAUAUAUGGCAGAGAAGCAGAGAGCAGAUCAGGAAUUCAAUUCAGAUGAAGAGAAGGGAACAAGGCAAAGAGAUGGGUGGGACAGAGGAGAGGGGAACAGCAAGAGGAGGAGCCAGUAUCAGAGCGAGGAAGAGAAAAGGAAUCCACGGGAACAGGUAGAGGAAGAGCAGUGGAUGAGAGAACAGGAGAUUCAGGCCAAUCAGGAGCGUGCAGAGGAAGAGCGCCGACGUAAAGAGCAGCUCUUGGCUAAAAUGCGUGAGAUCGACAUGCAGGCUCAGGGACAGGACUCAGACUUCUUCUCAGAUGAGACAGGAAGCGUUCGCUCUCCUCCGCGGCAGUCCGAGCCACAAAACCAGAAUGCCUCCAUCUUUAGCUACACGCAGCCUGAGGAGGGUCUGAGCACACCUGGAGCCGGGAAAAGGGGUGGAGCUCUCAGAGUACAGAGAACCAAUCAAGAUCUUGAUUUUGCUUUUGGCAGUUACGAACCCUCAUUUGGUAAACCUGCCCCAAGAGCAGGCCACGGUCAUCGCAACCAGAGCCAGACCUAUGGCCAGCUGCCAGGAGAAGAAGAUGCAGGGCUGGACCUCAACGGACUAGUGAGGGAGAGGAAGUCCAACCUGAUGCAGCAGUUGUUUGGCUCAACAGCCUCCUCUCCUCCCCCUGACCCUUCCCGCAAGAUGGAGCUACUGAGCUCCCCCAGCACACCCAAACCUACAUCCGGAGUCCUGAGUGGACGCCGGAGGGACGCAGAGACGCCAACCAGGCUCAAUGGCAGCACCCUCUCUUCCAGCAAGAGUGUUCUCCAGGUUUCUGAGAGUCGCCCUGCUGUUAGGGCCAUUACAUCAUUCGAUGAUGAUAUUGAGGAGGUCACUCUAUGAAACAGAUGUUUUUCACAACAUCGCAAAUAGAAGAGUUCAUUUUCUGGAACACAGAGAGAUAAAAAUGUUCUCAAAAUUAAGUAGAUGAAGUUUCCAUCUUUAUGAAGAAUUUUGAGAUAAAACCAAGCUCAGUGGAUAUCAUACUUUAGAGCUGUUGCUGUUAGUCUUUUAAUAGAGUAAUUGAAGGAAACUUUCUAUUGUGUAAUGUGCUCUAACAGAACAUGACCUACAUUAUAAAAUUUUAAAGAGAAAGCUCACUACACACCAUUAUACUAUACAGUGUUGAAUGCAUUAUAUUUUUGUACCCUUUUUAGGCCCAAAUUUUGUAUUAAGCAAACACUGAGAAACUAACAUGGUGUGAUUAUUUUUGUGAGCUGCUCUUGGCCUCUCCAAGAAUUUCCCUUCUGCUCUGAGUGAGAUUAUACUAGGCUAAUAUUUCAAAAUUUUUGCAUAAUUCUGUUGCUGAGAUUGUCAUUCAGAAUGGUUUGAUGUGAAAAGAUUCACUGUAGAGAAGCUUAAUGGUUUGUUCACAGUGUUGGUGACAGAAACCAGGGGUCUUGAAGUAUACCACUUAAAUAUAGCCAUUUCAUUUACUAUCUAAAAUAACCAGUGAGCCUAGAUGACUUCUGAGUUCUUAUAUGUAAUGUUGAUAAUGGUUUUAUCAUGCUUUAUAUCAUUCUAUUUAUUUUUCUUUCCUAUAUGUACUUCUCUACCAUAAAUAGAUUUUUAAAAAUUGUUUAGGCCAAAAGCAGGCAAGCGUAUUUGUAAACAUUUAGUGUAGUAACUUCUUGUGAUGUAUCUUUUAGAGAGAUUAAACACUUAAUGCAAAAAUUGUGAGAAAUCAGGGUAAUUCCCCACUAAGAAGCACUGUUGGUGCAUCUAUAACUGAGCCCUACAUUUUAAGUGGCCACUGUGUGGCCUGGCUCACUUAGUCUAGAGCUUAGUCUCGUUAUCUUCAAAUCACAACAGAUGUCAAUAAGGGCCCAGGUUGCCAACAACACUGCAGUGUUAAGAUCAUCAACUGUUCAUUAACAUCAAGUGUUCUAAAUUAUAUUUUUGGGCAUCUAACUAGACCUUUGUUAAGUAGCACUCAUGAAACUCUGAAUAUGUUAGAGGAGAGAAACCAUUAGACUUCUCCAGUAGCCAAAAUAUUCUGAAAGAAUGUGCACUUCUCCAUUGAAACUGGCUAGAUGUUCAUUGAGAGUCAAAAAAGCAAUGGUAAGAUCAUGAUUUGGAGGAAACAUCUUAGAUCUAUGUUGAAGUAGUAUAUUUGUCAUGUCUUUUUAUUAUUCAUGACCAGUUUGCUUCUGAUAAUCGAUAAUAUAUUGUAUAAAGAAAUGAAAGUACUUUACCUUCUACUUUGAUUGCUCUGUAAAACCCCAAAUGUGCGGAUGUGGGGAGGUUCUAAAGUUUGGGCUCUGUUGACUUUACCUUUGCUAAAUCCUUGCGUGCGUCCUUGAGCACUUGUGAAAUGUUUAGUUUUACAGAAAGAGAGGUGUGAUAUAAUUUAUAGAAUUUUGUAUAUGUUGUAUAUAAAUAGUAUGUAUUGCAACAUCCAUGUGUAUUAAAAACAAAACAGAAAUAUGGUAGUGUGACAUGUAUUUAAAAAUAUCUCAGGGGAAAUACUGACCUGGAAAGAAAAUUGUAUUUAUUCUGUACUGACUAUAGUCACCAUGAGCUAAAUACUGAAAUUCAUGCAGGACCACUCCAUUCGAAACUCUGGAACAUAAUAUACAUUUCAAAACAUCUCUAUGGCUAUUAACAUUUAAAAGAAAUAGUUGCAUUUACCGAUUCCUUAAUGCACAAUGGUCAUGUUAAAAAAUUCAUAUUUAUGUCCAGAAUGUAAACAACCACAAGCCUUUUGAAAACACUAUGUCUCAUGUGGGUUUCAUAUUUGCAGAUUUGCUUAGAUAAUUUAUCCUAGUAAGACCCUUGAUGUAUCAGUGUUCAGUGUCUUUUUGUGACAUUUUAAUUUUUUGGGUUUUGUUUUUAAUUAUUGAAUCAUUUUGUAUAUGUGUAGUAAAGUAUAUCUGUAUACUUAUGGUUUGUUUUGAAGUAAAGAAUUUAAUAGUGGC